CUAGCGGCUACUGCUAAUAAAACAUAGCGGAAUUUCGUGGAGCCAAGUGAAAAUUGUGAAAAUCCCUCGUUUCCGCGGAAGAAUUCCAUUUUAAGGCCCCAGAAUGCCGCGAAUAAUGAUAAAGGGCGGCGUGUGGCGCAACACGGAGGAUGAGAUCCUCAAGGCGGCGGUGAUGAAAUAUGGCAAGAACCAGUGGAGUCGGAUUGCCUCCCUGCUGCACAGGAAGUCGGCCAAGCAAUGCAAGGCCAGGUGGUACGAGUGGCUGGAUCCCAGCAUCAAGAAGACCGAGUGGUCCCGCGAGGAGGACGAGAAGCUCCUGCAUUUGGCCAAACUGAUGCCAACGCAGUGGCGCACCAUUGCCCCGAUAAUCGGGAGAACGGCCGCCCAGUGUCUGGAGCGCUACGAGUACUUGCUCGACCAGGCCCAGCGCAAAGAGGAUGGCGAGGACACCAUGGACGACCCGCGCAAGCUUAAGCCCGGCGAGAUCGACCCCAAUCCGGAGACCAAGCCGGCGCGACCCGAUCCCAAGGACAUGGACGAGGACGAGCUGGAGAUGCUGUCGGAGGCUCGUGCCCGUUUGGCCAACACGCAGGGCAAGAAGGCCAAGCGCAAGGCGCGCGAGAAGCAGCUGGAGGAGGCCCGUCGCCUGGCCACGCUCCAGAAACGCCGGGAACUGCGUGCCGCCGGCAUUGGCAGCGGGAAUCGCAAGCGCAUCAAGGGCAUCGACUACAACGCCGAGAUUCCCUUCGAAAAGCGCCCGGCACUCGGAUUCUACGACACCGCGGAGGAACAUCUGCAGAAGAACGAGCCGGACUUUAACAAAAUGCGACAGCAGGAUUUGGACGGAGAACUCCGCUCCGAAAAGGAGGAGCGGGAGCGAAAGCGCGACAAGCAGAAGCUGAAGCAGCGCAAGGAGAACGAGGUGCCGACCGCCAUGCUGCAGAACAUGGAGCCGGAGCGGAAGCGCUCCAAGUUGGUGCUGCCCACGCCGCAGAUCUCGGAUAUGGAACUGCAGCAGGUGGUCAAGCUGGGACGCGCCAGCGAGAUGGCCAAGGAAAUAGCCGGCGAGAGCGGCAUCGAGACGACGGAUGCUUUGCUGGCUGACUACUCGAUCACUCCACAGGUGGCGGCCACUCCGCGCACACCUGCUCCGUACACGGAUCGCAUCAUGCAGGAGGCCCAGAACAUGAUGGCCCUCACACACACGGAGACGCCUCUCAAGGGCGGCCUGAACACCCCGCUGCACGAGUCCGACUUCUCGGGCGUGCUGCCCAAGGCGGCCUCCAUCGCCACGCCCAAUACAGUGAUUGCCACGCCGUUCAGAACUCAGCGUGAGGGCGGUGCAGCCACUCCUGGAGGAUUCCUAACACCCUCUUCGGGAGCUUUGGUUCCGGUGAAGGGUGCUGGAGGAGCCACAGGCUCCAUCAACACCCCUGCCUACGUGAGGGACAAGCUAAGCAUUAAUCCCGAGGAGAGCAUGGGCGUCACCGAGACCCCAGCUUUGUACAAGAACUACCAGAAGCAACUAAAGUCCACGCUGCGGGAGGGUCUCUCCACGCUUCCCGCUCCGCGAAACGACUACGAGAUUGUGGUGCCCGAGCAGGAGGACAGCGAGCCCAUGGAAACCAACACCGAGCCCGCCAUCGAGGAUCAGGCAGAUGUGGAUGCCCGACUGCUGGCCGAGCAGGAAGCUCGCCGCAAGCGGGAGCUGGAGAAGCGCUCACAGGUGAUCCAGCGCAGCCUGCCACGUCCCACUGAGGUGAACACAAAGAUCUUGCGACCACAGUCCGAGAAACAGAACCUAACGGAGCAGCAACAGGCAGAGGAGCUGAUUAAGCACGAAAUGAUCACCAUGCAGUUAUACGACUCCGUCAAGGAUCCCGUGCCGGGACAAUCGCAACACAAGUUGGAACAGCUGCAGAGCUACUUCAAGGCCAAUCCCUACGAGGACAUAUCGCAGCAGGACCUGGCCAAGGCCAAGCUGAUGCUCACCGAGGAAAUGGAGGUCGUGAAGGAGCGCAUGUCGCACGGCGAACUGCCACUGGAUGUUUAUGCCCAAGUGUGGCAGGAGUGCCUCGGCCAGGUGCUCUACCUGCCGUCCCAGCACCGCUACACCCGUGCCAAUCUGGCCAGCAAGAAGGAUCGCCUGGAGUCGGCCGAGAAGCGGCUGGAGACGAACCGCCGCCACAUGGCCAAGGAGGCCAAGCGGUGCGGCAAGAUCGAGAAGAAGCUGAAGAUCCUCACCGGCGGCUACCAAGCGCGCGCCCAGGUGCUGAUCAAACAGCUGCAGGACACGUUCGGCCAGAUCGAGCAGAACUCGGUCUCGCUGUCCACAUUCCGCUUCCUGGGCGAGCAGGAGGCCAUCGCCGUGCCGCGUCGCUUGGAGUCGCUGCAGGAGGAUGUGCGUCGGCAGAUGGACCGCGAGAAGGAGCUGCAGCAAAAGUAUGCAAGUCUGGUGGAGGAACGGGAAUCGCUCUACUCCCAAAUUGAGCAAAUAACGGGCGUGAGGCCCACCGCCCAGCAACUGCUGCCCGAACAAGAAGCCUAG